AUGCAAGUACUGAACUUCAACAGCAACCACCCCAUCAGUCACAAACGCAGUUGCGUAAGGACGCUUUAUCGGCGUAUUGAGACGCAGUGCAGUGAACCGGAAGACAAAGUUACCGAAAUACAAUAUCUUCGACGAAUGUUCGGAGAAAAUGGCUAUCCACGCGACUUCGUCAACUGGUGCAUGCGCAGAAGAGAUGAGCCACAAAAUCGAACCGACCCCAAAUUUUGGCGAACGAUUCCGUACGUCAAGAAUAUGUUGGAGGCCCAUGGCCGACUUCUCGCACCACUUGCACAAGGACAAAAGGAAGAAAAAGAAGAAGAAGAUGAUGAUGAUGAUGAUGAGGAGGAGGAGGAGGAGGAGGAGGAGGAGGACGCUGACGUCGCUGACGGAAAAAUGACGGCUAAUCAGGUUAAUUCAUGUAGCAUAGGAGGCAUUUGA